CGACGCAAGGUUCAAAUCAAACGAGGUUGCGGUCGCAAAAGCGCUGACCCAUGGCGGCGCUAUUCUUGGCGAAUGAGAGUCUGGGCACGGACGAUGCUUUCCCUUCGACUUUUGAGUUGAUCAUGCAGGAGCGUAUGGCUAGUGGCUUCAAACCCGCUGCCCAGUACCUAGUCACUGCGAUCUGUGACGCAUACCCACAUGUUGCUUCGACGUUGCCGGUGCGCCACUUUCACGAGACUUACGCACUGGCGCGUCUCGGGAUCGAACGGUACUGCUUGGCCCACUACGAUUGCUUGCUUGUCGAACGAUUCUACGGCAUCAAGCGCAUGGAACUGACAGAUGCCGUCAACAACACCCCCGCACAACUGUACCCACUGACGGAAAUCGGCCGCCGACGAAGUUUGCUCUGGCAUGUCGGUGUGCCCUACUUGAAAGCCAAAGCAGAUGCGUACUACCAAAGUUUAUUGAACUCGUCUCAACCAUCCACAAGACCACUUCUCAGCGACGACGAUGACGCGGUCCAUCCAGUGUGUCCAUCCCGCUUUACACGAUUUUGGCGGCAUUGGCGGCACCUGCGCAUCUGGACGGAGCUUCGAUCGUUGUUCGUGGACGUUUAUCCUGCAGUGCAUUUCAGCUACGAAGGGAUCUUUCUCAUAUACCAGUGGAUGUACUUGUUUGGUCACACCAAGCAUUUUUCCCCGUUCUUGCGAGCCAUGAAGGUUGUGUUUACCAGAAUUACCCCAAACGACAUUUCCACGUUUGAGCGAUCGCGGAUGCGCCAUCGCUCAGGCAUUCUCGCGGCCCUGAGCAACACGUCGUCGUCUUUGUCGUGGAACACUCUUCGGCGAUGGGUCUACCAGGCCACAUGGACUGUGAUCGACUAUUCUCAAACGAUUGUCGUUCUCGCCAUCGUGGGCUUCAAAUUUUUGGAGUGGCUUCAGUCCGACAUGAACCGUCAAGGGCAACCCGCUGGGAAUGGCGGACCCGUGUUCUUGGGGAAAGGAAAAAAUGGAGCGAUGUUGCUACCUCCGCCACCUCCUGCGCAGCCUGCGCUGACCCAUAGCGCGAUCUCACUAUCGUCCGAGACCCACCGAUGCGGACUUUGCCAUCGCCAACGCACCAACCCCGCCAGUUGUGUGUCUGGCUUUGUAUUUUGCUACCCCUGUAUCCACAGCUACGUCCUCGAGCACGGCGAGUGUCCAGUGACACGAUUGCCGUGCGACGUGACCUCCAUCUCCCGGAUUUACGAAGACGCUGCACAAAUGUAGAUGGCUCUGUUGGGCCGCUUCCUCUGGCUGUUUUGCUCUUCGAUGUUAUAAAGGAAGCUAUGGUGCCAGUAAAUAGCGAUAUUUGGAGAGCGGCAGGCGGCGACGAGCGUGCGUACGCUCUGACUGACUUGUCGACACAAUGUGGAACCGGACUAUGAUGCGAUGACGAAUGGAG